GGAGGAGGAGGAGGAGAGGAUAUGCAUGAGAAUGACCUUGUGAUGCCCAGGUUUCGAUUCCAUCCUACCGAAGAAGAGCUCAUCGAGUUCUAUCUCAGGCGAAAGGUCGAAGGCAAACGAUUCAAUGUAGAGCUCAUCACCUUCCUUGAUCUCUACCGUUAUGACCCCUGGGAGCUCCCUGCACUUGCGGCCAUCGGUGAAAAAGAAUGGUACUUUUAUGUUCCUAGAGAUAGGAAGUAUCGAAACGGUGAUCGACCUAACCGUGUGACAACUUCUGGUUACUGGAAAGCCACCGGAGCUGAUCGGAUGAUCAGAACGGAGAGUUCUCGGAAUAUCGGACUCAAAAAGACACUUGUUUUCUACUCUGGCAAAGCUCCCAAGGGCAUAAGGUCUAGUUGGAUUAUGAAUGAAUAUCGGUUGCCGCCAAAUGUUACUGAUCAACAACAGAAGGCCGAAAUCUCUCUUUGCCGUGUCUACAAAAGGCCGGGGCUCGAAGACCACCACCAAAUCCCAGCCUCAAUCUCUUCCAAACCAUCAAGCUCCCAAAACUACAUUCUUUUGCAGAAAAAGAAGCAGAUCAACUUCACAACACUUGGAAACCAAGACUCUUCAUCAUCUGAAGCCGAAAAAUUAGUGAACAACCAACACUGA